UUUGUUAUUAUUAUUAUUCUACCUAUUUAGAAGCGAGAAUAAGGUGCUCUUGGUCGUCUAGGGGUAUUAGUCUUUUCGGUAUAGUUUACACAAUUUCUACGCCAAAACUUUUCCUUCUCAGCAUAUUUUAUUUUACACUAUUCUGUUCACGUUCUCUUCCCUAGGAUACGUGGCUCUUUCUCUUCUCAAACGUGUAACAUCAGGCUCCUCUUGUUUUUGGUGGUUUCAGUUAUUUUCUUAGUUUGCUAACACCUGUGUUUCAUGGGGAUCAACAAUGAACGUUGGGGGUUAAACAUUAUCUCUUCAGGUUUUUAUGGGAUCAGCGAUAUAUUUUGAGUUAAAGAUUAUCUGUUCAGAACUACUGACGCUUCUGUUACAUUUGGUCCGACAAAAAAAGUUGCUCGACGUGCUUACAGGUAACCAACUAUCUUAUCUUUAUAUAUUUGUAAACGCAUGCUCUUAUUAGCACAUCCUCUAUUUCUCCUGCCCGUUGUACUACUAACCGUUAAUGUUGCGCACUGUUUUUGUUUCUACAAGUUGUGGUACUGUAUUUAUCUGCAAUGUUGUUUGACGAUAGCUGUUGUUGGUGCUCACAGCAGGUGUCAUGUAUAUCAAAGUGCAGUACCUUUUUGUGCUUCUACAUACUCGCUAAUAUAAAUUGAUAUCUUGCUAAAGGGUUGUGUGACAGUUUGCACAACUUCAUUUAGGAGUAAAUACUACGAUUGUGAUGGAUCAUACACAAAAAAUAAACGUCCCCUCUCAGAGACAGAUAGAAAUGUCAGUCGACGUGAAAAAUACAAAGAGAUGGCAGUAGAGAAAAAGCAAAAGUUAUUGCUACAACGUCGACUAAAAUACCAAGAGUCAAAGAGACAUACGCUUUUUGAGAAUAUAACUACUGUUCCCUUGAUUGGAACAAUGGCUGGUAAAGAAAGAGAUAAAACACGUCCAUUUUCUGUCUAUGAAAAAGGUUCAACGUCAAUUGUAUCCACUGAACUACGUAACAGUGUCUCCAAGAUAGUUACACCCAAAGAUGGUACAACAACCACAAAGUUUACUCCAAACAUCAGUCGGUUGCGUUCAAACUAUGUUUCGCUUCAGAGAGUUCCAAUUUGCAAAUUUUGCUCAGCGAAAAGAUUUGAAUAUGAACCUCCUGCAUUCUGCUGUCGUACUGGGACAGUAAAGUUAACUUCUCAUCAAAUGUCUGUGAAAUUGCGUAAUUUAUAUGUUGGAAAUAGCGUGGCAUCUAACCACUUUCGAACAUACAUUAGAACAUAAAAUAAUCUUUUUGCAUUCACGUCACUUGGUGUAAAGUAUGACAAAGAUUUAGCAAAAAGAAACUCCGGUAUUUACACCUUCAGAGUUCAAGGAAAGAUGUACCAUUGGAUAAAUAAUUUGUACCCUACAGAUGACA